AUUGAAGAAACUCUAUCCAUUUGUUUCAUCUCUUAAAUUUUCAGAUACAAAGGAAGGAAUUUAUAUGACACAAAAAUGGCAUCACCCAUUCCCCAAUUAACCUCAUUUUCUCUCACAAAACCCAACACAGAAACAACGACAACACUUUUACCUUUACCUCAUCUCCUUUCUUUCAUACCCAAAUGCACCACUCUUAAAGAGCUCAAACAAAUUCAAGCUUACACAAUCAAGACCCAUCAACACAAUAAUACCAAUUUCAUUACAAAGUUAAUUAAUUUCUGCACUUCGAAGCCAACAACGGCUUCCAUGGAUUACGCACACCAACUGUUUGAUAAAAUUACUCUACCAGAUAUUGUUCUUUUUAACUCCAUGGCACGUGGAUAUGCACGUUUUAAUGACCCGCUUAGAGCAAUCAUUCUCUUUUCUCACGUGCUUUGCAAUGGUCUUCUUCCUGAUGAUUACACAUUUUCUUCUCUUCUCAAGGUUUGUUCAAAGGUUAAGGCAUUGGAAGAAGGGAAACAACUGCAUUGCUUUGCUUUGAAACUUGGUGUUGGUAAUAACAUGUAUGUUGUUCCAACACUUAUUAAUAUGUAUACUUCUUGUGGUGACAUUGAUGCUGCUAGAAGGGUUUUUGAUAAGAUUGAUGAACCUUGUGUUGUUGCUUAUAAUGCGAUUAUUAUGAGUUUGGCUAGGAAUAGUCAACCUAAUGAGGCAUUGGCUUUGUUUAGAGAUUUGCAGGAGAGUGGUCUUAAGGCAACAGAUGUUACCAUGCUUGUCGUGCUUUCGUCGUGCGCUUUGCUUGGAUCAUUGGAUUUAGGGAGGUGGAUGCAUGAGUAUGUUAAGAAAAAUGGGUUUGAUCGAUAUGUGAAGGUAAAUACAGCACUUAUAGAUAUGUAUGCUAAAUGUGGGAGUUUGGAUGAUGCUUUUAAUGUGUUUAGGGAUAUGCCUAAGAGAGAUACGCAGGCAUGGUCGGCGAUGAUAAUUGCUUACGCAACACAUGGUGAUGGUUUCCAAGCAAUGUCGAUGUUGAAAGAAAUGGAGAAGGAAAAAGUGAAGCCUGAUGAGAUAACAUUUUUAGGUAUAUUGUAUGCAUGCAGUCACAAUGGAUUGGUAGAAGAAGGUUUCAAGUAUUUUCGCAGAAUGAUCGAUGAGUAUGGGAUUGUUCCUAGUAUAAAACAUUAUGGUUGUAUGGUUGAUUUGCUUGGUCGAGCUGGACGAUUGGAUGAAGCCUAUAAAUUCUUAGAUGAAUUACCAAUCAAGCCAACACCGAUUCUGUGGCGGACGUUGCUAUCUGCUUGUAGUAGUCAUGGCAAUGUUGAAAUGGGAAAGCAAGUAAUUCAGAGAAUCUUUGAAUUGGAUGAUUCUCACGGAGGGGAUUAUGUUAUUUUAUCAAACUUGUGUGCAAGAUAUGGUAAAUGGGAUGAUGUGAAUCACUUAAGGAAAAUGAUGAUUGAAAAAGGAGCAGUGAAAAUUCCUGGAUGUAGCUCUAUAGAGGUCAACAAUGUUGUUCACGAGUUCUUCGCCGGGGAUGGAGUUAGUAUGAUUUCUACCACGUUGCACCGUGCACUUGACGAGUUGGUAAAGGAAUUGAAGUUAGCUGGGUAUGUAGCCGACACAUCUCUAGUCUUUCAUCCAGACAUGGAAGAUGAAGAGAAAGAAAUUAUUCUUAGAUAUCACAGUGAGAAAUUGGCCAUUACUUAUGGACUACUGAAUACUCCCCCCGGAAAGACAAUUCGUGUUGUAAAGAACCUUAGAGUCUGUGGAGAUUGUCAUAAUGCUGCUAAAUUUAUAUCAUUGAUUUUUGGUAGGCAAAUUAUUCUCAGAGAUGUUCAGCGAUUUCACCAUUUCAAAGACGGGAAAUGUUCUUGUGGCGAUUACUGGUAAUGGAGUUUGUUGAAUCAAGAUUCAAUCUUACAAAAUCUAAAAAAUUGCCAGAGUUAAGUGCUGUUAGUUCUGUUUGGAAGGAACAGCCAGUUAACCACUGUAUGUAUGCAGCCAGAAGAAGAAAGGUUUGUUCCUGCAAUCCUGGGAAGGGAUCAUGAUCAUGAUUGACAUAUUCAGAUAAUUAUUAUACAGAUUUACAUAAUACAUCUUGGUGUAGAUUGUUAACUUGGAAGAUUCAGUUUCAUUCUCAUGUAAUAUAACUUAUUUUGUAUAGCUGGUAUUUUUUAAGGUUGAAGUUUAUGUAUUCCAAUGUACCCAAAAUAAUGUAAACAUAUUAAAUAAAAAAUGAUUCUUUAGAUUUCA